GGGAAGAGCAGAACAAGAUAAAACAAAGUUUAAUUUGUGUACAUUGCACAAACUUAGUUGAGUCAAUUCGCAAAAUUAUCAUACAUUAAGCCUAACAACUCGACUUGACUAUUUAUUUAUGGCGACAACGGAAGGAGCUCUUCUUCUUCAUUUUUGUCGGUUAUACAGUGAGUGCGUAUUUGGAUCUAACAAGUGUUUUGCGCAGUUCUAAGAUUUUAUUGCUGCCGUUUGCUGUUUGGCUGCAGUAGGGCCAUCAUGCAGUGCGUUUGCUGCAAAUGUGGCAUGCGAGAUACUGAAAACAUCAACUCAACAAUAUGCCUGACCAAUUCCGGAUCCCAAGAGUACCAUUGUUUUUGUUGUGCUCAGCCUCCGCGCAAGAAAUGCAUCAAUUGUAAUAUGCGCCAUGACCUAGAGCCAAACGAAACACAUGGUCCCUGCAUUGGCGGAGCACUGCAUGUUUUUGUCUACACGGAGCCGUGGCCCCCGUUUCCAAAUACCACGCCCCUGCUUCCGCUGCGUGCCAUGCCCAUUGAGGAAAGCAAUCAUAUUAAUGGACACGAGUCGCCGGUCCAGUCGAAGCAUAGACAUUGUGAUGAGGCGCCACAGCUGCACGAGAUUUUGGAGCAGAACAACAACAGUCAUUCAGAUAAUGAGACUAUAAAUCUCAUCGAUGACGAUGAGCCUGCGCAGCAACCAGUAGAAGAAGUAGAGGAAGACACUGCCGAUGUCGAUAUCAAGCCAAAAAUGAAACCGCACUGGGUAUCCAUAGCAGAUAUACAGAGAUGGACGCAUUGCUAUCGCUGUGGCCUGGUACGCAUACAGAGAAGUGGCUGGCUACGCCAUGCCCAGUUGUGUGCACAAGAUUCUAAAUACUCGUCGAGAAAGUUCUUCAUAUAUCUGCAUUCCAAGGCCUGGUGUGGCGCUCUCGUUCACGACGUCUUUUGGGAGAAGCACAGCAAUCCCGAGAAUGGCACGUGCUCCAUUUGCCGGCGAAGCCGGUGGAAUAACGUACCUUUGCCAUAUCAGCCAAAGCCACCACCCCGCAAGAACGAGGCUAUCUUGGAGAAGCGACGUCGCACUCGGAUGAAUAUGCAACGUAAGAAACGCAGGCAAACGGUUACCAACGAAACAGCUGCAUGUAAUGCACCUGAAGGCCAGCCAGUGCGAAAUGUUAACUGGAACUCGUUUCGUUAAGCGAUUGGACAGUUUAACUGCCGUUUAGCAUACCAAAUUUCCACUACGUGGAGUACUUAUUGAAACUGCUACCAAAUGUGCAUUAUACUAGCUUUGCAGCAUAUUUAAAUG